AUGAACGUCCAAGAAGUCUACCUUCCCCAGGGUUGGGAAGCCCGAUGGGACACGGGCUCCAACCAGUAUGUGUACUACAACACCGAGACUGGCCAGUCGCAGUGGGACGUCCCCACACGGCCAGUGUACGGUAGCGGCGGCGGAGGUCCUACAACGGCCUCGCCUCCUCCCGCAGGAGGGCAUCAACCCUCCAAGCGCCGCCAGUACCCCACUGCCCAGAUGCAGCAGGUGUACGGGUCGGGCGCGGCCCAGCAGCCGGCAUAUGACGGCGGCGCGGCGUACGGGCAACAGCAGGCGCAGGCGGCGUAUCCAGGCCAGGCGCAGAUGCCGCAGCCCCAGUUCAUAACGCCUGGCAUGGAAGGCCAGCAGCAGCAGCAGCAGCAGCAGCCUCCCGCGUACGGGCAGCAGCCCGGUUACGGCGGUGCGUACGACCAGAAGCAGCCCGUCGACCAGAUGGCGAACCAGUUCCAGAACCUCCAGGUUGGGCAGCAGCCAGCGUACGGCGCGCAGCAAGGAGGAUUCGUAGAGCCGAAGCAACAGCACCCCGUCCACACCGUCAAUCUGAUUGGUAUGCAGCCGGACGUGCGCGGCCUUGAUGCGGCGCCUCCACUGGCACUGCUGCCUUCGAAUGCCGCAGUCGUCCAGUCGCCUCACAUCAUCCCGGAUCCCUCCUAUCAGCGCUGCACGCUUGCUGCCAUGCCAGCGACCCAGUCGCUCCUCAACAAGUCCAAGCUCCCGCUUGCGCUUGUCAUGGCGCCGUAUAGAUCUUUCCGCGAGUCGGACGGCGACGACCCCGUGCAGGUUGUCACCGACUCGGUCAUUGCCCGUUGCCGCCGUUGCCGUGUGUACAUCAACCCGUUCGUCACCUUCACCGAGGGCGGCAACCGGUGGAAGUGCUGCAUGUGCGGUCUGAGCAAUGAGGUCCCGCAGCUCUUCGACUGGGAUUCUGUCGAGAACAAGCCCGCCGACCGCUGGGCCCGCAAGGAGCUCAACCACUCGGUCGUCGAGUUUGUUGCGCCCACCGAGUACAUGGUCCGCCCGCCCCAGCCGCCCGUGUACUGCUUCGUCAUUGACGUCAGCCAGCCGGCGAUCCAGUCGGGCAUGGUCGCGACGGCAGCGCGCGCAAUCCUCGAGUCGCUGGACAACAUUCCCAACCAGGAUCAGCGCACCAAGAUUGCGUUCAUCGCUGUCUCCACCACUCUCCAUUUCUUCUCCCUUCCAACGGGCGCGGACGCCGAGGCGUCCAUGCUUGUUGUCUCGGACCUCUCGGACGUCUUCCUGCCCAAGCCUGUCGACCUGCUCGUCAACCUUUCCGAGUCGCGGCCCGCCAUCGAGAACCUCCUUGGCAAACUUAGCGACAUGUUCCAGGAAUCGCAUGUCGUCGGCAACGCCCUCGGCUCUGCUCUGCAGGCCGCUCACGAGCUCAUCGGCAAGAUUGGCGGCAAGAUCGUGUGUCUGUCCGCCAGCCUACCAACGCUUGGCACCGGUGCUCUCAAGCCUCGCGACGACCCCAAGCUGCUCGGAACGAGCAAGGAGGGUUCGUUGCUGCAGGCCGCCAACAGCUUCUACAAGACGUUUGCGAUCGAGUGCUCCAAGUCUCAGGUCUCUGUUGACAUGUUCCUCUUCUCAUCGGCCUACACCGACGUCGCAACGCUCUCGUGCCUGCCCCGCUACACUGCUGGCGAGACAUACCUCUACCCCGGCUUCAAUGCGUCGCGCAGUGAGGACGCGAUCAAGUUCGCGACCGAGUUCGGCAAGGUGCUCGCGAGCCCCAUCGGUCUGGAGGCAGUCAUCCGUGUACGAGCGUCCCGCGGUAUCCGCAUGUCCGCGUUCCACGGCAACUUCUUCAUCCGCUCAACCGACCUGCUCGCGCUCCCCGUUCUGCCCCAGGACCAGAACUACGUGAUCGAGUUACAGCUCGAGGAGGACCUCAAGCAGCCGUUUGUUGUGCUGCAGACUGCAAUCCUCCACACGACAUGCUACGGCGAGCGUCGCAUCCGCGUCAUCACGCAGGCGCUUCCCACGACCGACACAAUCGCGCAGUUGUACGCCUCAGCGGACCAGAUCGCGAUCACGUCGUUCCUUGCCAACAAGGCGGUGGAAAAGAUCCAAUCCAACUCGACGCUCGACGACGCGCGCAACCUUGUCACGAACCGCCUCGGUGAAAUGCUCUCGGUGUACAAGAACCAGGUCGCGGGAUCUGCGGGUGCAUCGGCGCAGCUGGCUGUCCCUGCCAACCUGGCGUUGCUGCCAUUACUCUGCUGCGGUCUUGUCAAGCACGUCGGCCUGCGCGAGGGUGCGACGAUCCCGCCAGACCUGCGUGCUUACGCGCACGACCUGCUCACAACGCUGCCAACCCAGUCACUUGUACCGUACAUCCACGCGCGCUUCUACAGCCUUCACAACAUGCCGGCGGAGGCGGGUACGAUAAGCGAGGAGGGCGUUGUCAUGCCGCCUGCGCUCAACCUCACAUCGGAGCGGCUCGAGCGGCACGGUCUGUUCCUCAUUGAGGACGGGCAGAACAUGUUCCUGUGGGUCGGGCAGGAGGCCGUGCCCCGCCUCAUCCAGGAUGUGUUUGACCUGCCGUCAUACGCCGAGCUGCAGGGCGGCAAGGCCACCCUCCCGACGCUCGAUAACACGUUCAAUCAGCGCGUCAACGCGAUUGUUGCCAAGACCCGCGAGCUCCGUCGCGGCGUCUACCGCCCGACGCUGUAUAUUGUCAAGUCGGACGCCGAGCCUGCGCUACGCUCGUGGGCGCUCAGCCUGCUCAUCGAGGACCGCAUGGACCACAUGAGCAGCUACGCCCAGUACCUCACGCGCGUCAAGAGCAAGAUCAACGGGUCGUAA